AUGUUGCCUACGGCCCUAUGCCUGCCGGACUCCGAUUGGGGUCACGAUUGGGGAUUUAUCUCCACCGGGCACCGUAUCUUCGUUCUUGGUCGUUCCGGACCGCCCAAUGAAGAUCCCUCUUCCUGUCCCUUGCGGCAGCUGGUCUGUCCAGCGCCGCCUCUCUCCCUCUCGAUCCCGCGUGCCCUUCCCAAUGCCCCUGACGGUUACGCCCCGGCCAAUGUCUCCCUGUCCCUGGCCACUCGUCCCAGCAUCCGAUCCGCCGGAGGCAGCAUCUCCAAUAUCCCUAAUAUCGCCAUCGCCGUCUCUGGCGGUGGUUACCGUGCCAUGACCAGCGGCGCCGGUGCCCUCAAGGCCUUCGACAGUCGCACCGACAAUUCCACCGCCAAGGGCCAGCUGGGCGACCUGCUGCGAUCGGCUACCUGCGUCUCCGGCCUCAGCGGUGGCGGUUGGCUGCUGGGUUCCAUCGUGGUUAACAACUUCGCCACCGUGAGCGCCCUACAGGCGGACAGAAGAUCCCUCAGCACCGCCAGCUACUGGAAACAUCUCAUCAAAGCGGUGGACGCUAAGGAAGAAGCCAGCUACAACACCUCCAUCACUGACUACUGGGGUCGUGCCCUCUCCCACCAGUUCAUCAGCUCCACCACCGACGACGGUGGCAUCGGUCAUCGGCACCAACUCCACCGUCUGCGAGUUCAAGCCCCUGGAGAUUCGGCCUGGGAUCCCUCCGUCUACCACGGCUUUUUGCGCCACUGGAAUUCCUCGGCUCUCGAUUCGAGGACGGCAGAGUUAGCUGACGACGAAGUGCGUGCAGGCUUCACGGCGCGCCGGCUUCGUCAUGGGCACCUCCUCGUCACUGUUCAGCCAGGGUCUCCUGCGUCUCCAGCAAGACCGAUGCCCCCGACCGUCAAGGACACCAUGUACCAAACUGCCAGAGCAUGGACCAAAAACGGUAGGGAUAUCGCCGUCUACUCCCCCAACCCGUUCUACCCGCUACCGCAACGCCACCCCAUCUACGCCCAGCAGCGCGAUCUCGAUGUUGUCGACGGCGGCGGGCAGUCCAGAACAUCCCUCUCUGCAUCCAGUGAUCCAGCCCGGUCGCCAUGUCGACGUCGUUUUCGCUGUCGAUUCCAUCGCGGACACCAGCGGCUGGCGACGGCGAUUCACUCGUCCAUUCACCACGAACGUAGUCUCAGCUCCACCGGUAUCGUAUCGCCAUCGCCCCCCAUACAUGCCACUCCGCCUCCACCUCAAGAUGCAGGUACUCCGACUCGAGCGCGACGAUAUCAUCUGAAUGGCUAUAACGUCGUCACUCGCGGCCAAUUCCUCCUGGGCGGCCGUAAUCGUGUGUCGGCUGCGCGAUCAUCUCUCGCUCCGCGAGAACGAACCGGUACCACCCUGCCUAAGGCCUGCCAGACUUGUUUCAAAAACUACUGCUGGAACGGCACCGUCGAUAGUCAGAACCGAAGAAUUAGUGAACCGGAGUUGCAGAUGGAGGAGGCUGCGUCUUCUGCACUACCCGCGGGCAUCUGA